AUGUCUAUACCGCCAUAUAUGAUACCGCCCAAUCCAUGGGCGGCUCAUAUGAUGGCCCAACAGCAAGUGUUCGCAGUGCAGCAGGCCCAAGCUCAGGCACAGGCCCAGGCGCAACAACAGCAGCAAGCCCAGGCCCAUCUGCACGCUCAGCAGAUGGCUGCGAACCAAAUGCAACUGCCGCCGAUGGGACACAUUCCGCCGGGUCCACCGAAACCGGAUGUCGUACUGACGGAGGAAAAGUUGCAGGAAAAAGCACAAAAAUGGCAACAGUUGCAAACAAAGCGGUUUGCCGAGAAGCGCAAGUUUGGGUUUGUGGACGCACAAAAGGAGGACAUGCCGCCGGAACAUAUUCGCAAGAUCAUACGAGACCACGGCGACAUGACGAGCCGUAAGUACCGACACGAUAAGCGCGUGUAUUUGGGUGCACUUAAGUACAUGCCUCAUGCGGUGAUGAAGCUGCUCGAAAACAUGCCCAUGCCGUGGGAACAGAUCCGGGAUGUUCCGGUGCUAUACCACAUAACCGGUGCGAUCACGUUUGUAAACGAGAUCCCUUGGGUGAUUGAACCGCUAUACAUUGCUCAGUGGGGCACAAUGUGGAUCAUGAUGAGACGUGAAAAACGUGAUCGUCGGCAUUUCAAACGAAUGCGUUUUCCGCCUUUCGACGAUGAGGAACCGCCUCUUGAUUACGCCGAUAACGUGCUCGAUGUGGAGCCACUCGAGGCAAUUCAAAUCGAUCUUGACGCCGAGGAAGACGGCAGCGUGUACGAUUGGUUCUAUGAGCAUAGGCCAUUAAUAGGAACGCCCCACGUUAAUGGCUCCACUUACCGGAAGUGGAAUCUUACACUUCCCCAAAUGGCCACGCUGUACCGAUUGGGAAAUCAGUUGCUUACAGAUCUAGUGGAUGAUAACUUCUUCUACCUCUUCGAUCCGAAAAGUUUCUUCACCGCAAAAGCCCUCAAUAUGGCCAUUCCCGGUGGUCCAAAGUUUGAACCACUGAUAAAGGAUCACAAUGUGGGCGAUGAAGAUUGGAACGAGUUUAAUGAUAUCAACAAGAUCAUAAUCCGCCAGCCGAUACGAACAGAAUAUCGAAUUGCAUUUCCAUAUCUGUACAACAACAUGCCACACUUUGUGCAUUUAUCAUGGUACCAUAUGCCAAACGUAGUGUUCAUUAAGACAGAAGAUCCAGAUUUGCCUGCCUUCUACUUCGAUCCCUUGAUCAACCCGAUCGCUCACCGGCAUGCAGUAAAAACUAUCGAAAUUUUGCCCGAUGAUGACGAAGAAUUCAUUCUACCGGAGGAAGUGCAACCGUUCCUGCAGGACACACCACUCUACACCGAUAAUACGGCAAAUGGUAUCUCGCUGCUCUGGGGUCCACGACCGUUCAACAUGCGCUCAGGUCGGUGUCGACGAGCGAUCGAUAUUCCGUUAGUAAAAACCUGGUACAAAGAGCACUGUCCCCCGGGGCAUCCUGUAAAGGUGCGCGUCAGUUACCAGAAGCUGCUGAAAUAUUACGUACUGAACGCACUGAAGCACCGCAAACCGAAGCCACAAAAGAAGCGCUACCUCUUCCGGUCGUUUAAGGCAACCAAAUUCUUCCAAACGACCACAUUGGAUUGGGUGGAAGCGGGUCUGCAGGUGUGUCGUCAAGGGUACAACAUGUUGAAUUUGUUGAUUCAUCGCAAGAACUUGAACUACUUGCAUCUGGAUUACAACUUCAAUCUCAAGCCGGUUAAAACACUCACCACGAAAGAGCGUAAAAAAUCUCGUUUCGGUAACGCAUUCCAUUUGUGUCGUGAAAUUUUGCGCCUGACCAAGCUCAUCAUCGACUCUCACGUACAAUAUCGACUGAACAACGUUGAUGCGUUCCAGCUUGCUGAUGGACUCCAGUACAUAUUCGCCCACGUAGGCCAGUUGACUGGCAUGUACCGAUACAAGUACAAGCUGAUGCGACAGAUUCGAAUGUGCAAGGAUCUAAAGCAUCUCAUCUACUAUCGUUUCAAUACGGGACCGGUAGGUAAGGGCCCGGGAUGCGGAUUCUGGGCACCGGGUUGGCGUGUUUGGUUAUUCUUCAUGCGAGGCAUCACGCCACUGCUGGAACGCUGGUUGGGUAAUUUGCUUUCUCGUCAGUUCGAGGGUCGUCACUCGAAGGGUGUCGCUAAAACGGUCACGAAGCAGCGCGUUGAGUCACAUUUCGAUCUAGAGCUACGCGCUUCCGUGAUGCACGACAUCGUCGACAUGAUGCCAGAGGGUAUCAAGCAAAACAAGGCCCGAACCAUCCUGCAGCAUUUGUCCGAGGCGUGGCGCUGCUGGAAAGCCAACAUUCCGUGGAAAGUACCCGGGUUGCCAAUCCCAAUUGAGAAUAUGAUCCUGCGGUACGUGAAGAUGAAGGCCGACUGGUGGACUAACACGGCUCAUUACAACCGUGAGCGUAUCCGGCGAGGCGCAACCGUGGACAAAACGGUUUGCAAGAAGAACUUGGGUCGCUUGACGCGUUUGUACCUGAAGGCGGAACAGGAACGACAACACAACUACCUGAAGGAUGGGCCAUACAUUUCACCUGAAGAGGCGGUGGCAAUUUACACGACCACCGUGCACUGGUUGGAGUCGCGCCGCUUUGCGCCUAUCCCAUUCCCGCCGCUCUCGUACAAGCACGAUACGAAGCUGCUCAUUUUGGCGUUGGAACGACUGAAGGAAGCUUACAGCGUGAAAUCGCGAUUGAACCAGAGCCAGCGCGAAGAGCUUGGUUUGAUUGAGCAGGCGUACGACAAUCCUCACGAGGCGUUGUCAAGAAUUAAGCGUCAUCUGCUGACACAGCGUGCAUUUAAAGAGACCGGGAUUGAGUUUAUGGAUCUGUACAGCCACUUGAUUCCGGUGUACGAUGUGGAACCCUUGGAAAAGAUUACGGAUGCCUACCUCGACCAAUACCUGUGGUACGAGGCUGAUAAACGACGUCUGUUCCCACCGUGGAUUAAACCAAGCGAUACGGAACCUCCACCAUUGCUGGUGUACAAAUGGUGUCAAGGUAUUAACAACCUUCAGGAUGUGUGGGACGUAUCCGAGGGCGAGUGUAACGUACUGCUCGAGUCACGUUUCGAGAAGCUGUACGAAAAGAUCGACUUGACCCUGCUAAAUCGACUGUUGCGCUUGAUCGUCGAUCACAAUAUUGCUGAUUACAUGACCGCUAAAAACAACGUGGUGAUCAACUAUAAGGACAUGAAUCACACGAACAGUUACGGCAUCAUUCGUGGACUGCAGUUUGCAUCGUUCGUUGCACAGUACUAUGGUUUAGUGCUUGAUUUGCUGGUGCUCGGUUUGCAGCGUGCCAGCGAAAUGGCCGGCCCACCCCAAAUGCCGAACGAUUUCCUCACCUUCCAGGACGUGGCGACGGAAGCUUGCCAUCCGAUCCGCCUAUACUGUCGAUACGUCGAUCGGAUUCAUAUUUUCUUCCGUUUCACCGCGGAAGAGGCCCGUGAUCUGAUUCAACGAUACCUUACCGAACAUCCGGAUCCGAACAACGAGAACAUCGUUGGGUACAACAACAAGAAAUGCUGGCCUCGCGACGCUCGUAUGCGUCUGAUGAAGCAUGACGUUAAUUUGGGCCGUGCGGUGUUCUGGGACAUUAAGAAUCGGUUGCCGCGCUCGGUAACAACCGUUCAGUGGGACAACACGUUCGUGUCCGUCUACUCGAAGGAUAAUCCCAAUCUGCUGUUCAACAUGUCUGGCUUCGAGUGUCGUAUCCUGCCGAAGUGUCGCACGCAGAACGACGAAUUCACGCACCGCGAUGGAGUGUGGAAUUUACAGAACGAGGUCACGAAGGAGCGUACUGCCCAGUGUUUCCUACGCGUUGAUGAUGAGUCGCUCAGCCGAUUCCACAACCGCGUCCGCCAGAUCCUGAUGGCGUCCGGUUCGACCACUUUCACGAAGAUCGUUAACAAAUGGAACACGGCGCUGAUUGGGCUGAUGACGUACUUCCGUGAGGCGGUAGUCAACACGCAGGAGUUGUUGGAUCUAUUGGUGAAAUGCGAGAACAAAAUUCAGACCCGUAUCAAGAUUGGAUUGAAUUCGAAAAUGCCUUCCCGUUUCCCGCCUGUCGUUUUCUACACACCUAAAGAGCUGGGCGGGCUGGGAAUGUUGAGCAUGGGUCACGUGCUUAUUCCGCAGUCGGAUCUCCGCUGGUCGAAGCAGACGGACGUGGGUAUUACCCACUUCCGGUCGGGUAUGUCGCACGACGAGGAUCAGCUGAUUCCCAAUCUGUACCGUUACAUUCAGCCGUGGGAGAGUGAAUUUAUCGAUUCGCAGCGAGUGUGGGCUGAAUACGCGCUGAAGCGGCAAGAAGCAAACGCUCAGAAUCGUCGACUGACACUGGAAGAUCUGGAGGAUAGCUGGGAUCGCGGCAUCCCUCGUAUAAACACGCUGUUCCAAAAAGAUCGUCACACGCUCGCGUACGACAAAGGUUGGCGCAUCCGGACGGAGUUCAAGCAAUAUCAAGUGUUGAAACAGAACCCAUUCUGGUGGACGCAUCAACGGCAUGAUGGUAAACUGUGGAACUUAAACAACUAUCGUACGGACAUGAUACAAGCACUUGGCGGUGUCGAGGGUAUCCUCGAACAUACUCUGUUCAAGGGCACAUACUUCCCGACCUGGGAAGGUUUGUUCUGGGAAAAGGCAUCCGGAUUUGAGGAAUCGAUGAAGUACAAGAAGCUCACAAACGCGCAGCGCUCCGGUUUGAAUCAGAUCCCGAACCGUCGAUUCACACUCUGGUGGUCACCGACGAUUAACCGUGCGAACGUGUACGUGGGUUUCCAGGUGCAGCUGGAUCUGACGGGCAUUUUCAUGCACGGUAAAAUACCGACGCUCAAGAUUUCUUUAAUUCAGAUUUUCCGUGCUCACUUGUGGCAGAAGAUCCACGAAUCGAUCGUGAUGGAUCUUUGCCAGGUGUUUGAUCAGGAGCUGGACGCACUCGAGAUUGAAACGGUGCAGAAGGAAACCAUCCAUCCGCGUAAGUCGUACAAAAUGAACUCGUCGUGUGCGGACAUUCUGCUCUUCCCGGCGUACAAAUGGAACGUGUCACGGCCGUCGCUGCUAGCGGACACGAAGGAUACGAUGGACAACACGACAACGCAGAAGUUCUGGAUCGAUGUGCAAUUGCGUUGGGGCGAUUACGAUUCACACGACAUUGAGCGUUACGCGCGUGCCAAAUUCCUCGACUACACUACGGAUAACAUGUCGAUCUAUCCGUCUCCAACUGGCGUCCUGAUUGCGAUUGAUCUAGCGUACAACCUGCACAGCGCGUACGGCAAUUGGUUCCCGGGUUGCAAACCGUUGAUCCAGCAGGCUAUGGCAAAAAUCAUGAAGGCUAACCCAGCACUGUAUGUACUGCGGGAGCGUAUUCGAAAGGCACUGCAACUGUACAGUUCGGAACCAACCGAGCCGUACCUGAGCUCGCAGAACUACGGCGAGCUGUUCUCGAAUCAGAUCAUCUGGUUUGUAGACGACACGAACGUGUACCGUGUGACGAUCCACAAAACGUUCGAGGGUAACUUGACCACGAAACCGAUUAACGGUGCGAUCUUCAUCUUUAAUCCGCGUACGGGUCAGUUGUUCCUCAAAAUCAUUCACACGUCGGUGUGGGCAGGACAGAAGCGUCUUGGUCAGCUGGCUAAGUGGAAGACGGCUGAGGAAGUGGCGGCCUUGAUUCGGUCGCUACCAGUCGAGGAACAACCCAAGCAGAUUAUCGUAACGCGCAAGGGCAUGUUAGAUCCGCUAGAGGUGCAUUUGCUUGACUUCCCGAACAUCGUCAUCAAGGGAUCGGAGCUGCAGUUACCAUUCCAGGCUUGUCUGAAAGUGGAGAAAUUCGGUGAUCUCAUUUUGAAGGCUACCGAACCACAGAUGGUGCUGUUUAACCUAUACGAUGAUUGGUUGAAGACGAUCUCAUCGUAUACGGCAUUUUCGCGUUUGAUCCUCAUCCUGCGCGCGCUGCACGUCAACACUGAGCGCACUAAGGUGAUUCUCAAGCCGGACAAAACGACUGUUACCGAGGCGCACCACAUCUGGCCGACGCUGACCGAUGAGGAGUGGAUUAAAGUGGAGGUGCAGUUGAAGGAUCUGAUCCUGGCGGAUUACGGCAAGAAGAACAACGUAAACGUGGCGUCUCUAACGCAGUCAGAAAUCCGUGACAUUAUUCUCGGUAUGGAGAUCUCAGCUCCGUCUGCUCAGCGACAACAAAUUGCCGAAAUUGAGAAGCAAACGAAGGAGCAAUCACAGCUUACCGCGACGACAACUCGCACGACGAACAAGCACGGUGAUGAGAUCAUUACUUCUACGACGAGCAAUUACGAGACGACUACGUUUAGCUCGAAAACGGAAUGGCGUGUGAGAGCUAUCUCGGCAACGAACUUGCAUCUGCGUACCAACCACAUCUACGUCAGCUCGGACGACAUUAAGGAAACAGGAUACACGUACAUUCUGCCCAAGAACGUGCUGAAGAAGUUUGUCACCAUCUCCGAUCUGCGAGCACAGAUCGCCGGGUAUUUGUACGGUGUAAGUCCACCGGACAACCCACAAGUGAAAGAGAUUCGAUGCAUCGUGAUGCCACCGCAAUGGGGCACGCACCAGCAGAUCAACCUACCGAGCACGUUGCCUGCCCACCAGUAUCUGAAGGAUAUGGAGCCACUUGGAUGGAUCCACACGCAGCCAAACGAGUUGCCACAGCUUUCACCUCAGGACAUUACGACGCACGCUCGCAUCAUGUCCGAAAAUCCAACCUGGGACGGUGAGAAGACAAUCGUAAUCACGUGCUCCUUCACUCCCGGCUCGUGCUCUCUCACCGCCUACAAGCUGACACCUUCGGGCUACGAGUGGGGCCACAAGAACACGGACAAGGGCAACAAUCCGAAGGGGUACCUACCGUCGCACUACGAGCGUGUGCAAAUGUUGCUGUCGAACAAGUUCCUCGGUUUCUUUAUGGUGCCGGCGCAGGGUAGUUGGAACUACAAUUUCAUGGGUGUUCGUCACGAUCCGAACAUGAAGUACGAGCUGCAGUUGGCUAACCCGAAAGAGUUCUACCAUGAGAUUCACCGACCGUCCCAUUUCCUGCUGUUUUCAAGCCUAGAGGAGGGCGGCGAUGGCAACGGUGCCGACCGGGAGGAUAUGUUUGGCUAAACGGAGCAACGCUAGAGGGUUAUUCCAUUCGUACAACCCCUGUCGGGAAUUAUAUUGGGCCACGGCUUGGUCAAGCGGAUGCUUAAUUAAAGUGUGACAUUGGUAAAAUAAUUAGGAAUAGUAGCAAGACUAAUAAAGUAUGUUCUUUUACACUCUCUAUGAAGAUAAUCCAAUUGGCGUAAUGGCUCUAAUGUCUUGAUGGUUUUCUUUGCUAGCUUCUACAUCUUUAGAUUCAAUAUUUCAGCUCAUUUUCUGACUUCGUGUGCCUUUAUUGCGUCGAAAAUGCGCGGCAUUCUUUGUUUUAUAAAUAAAUCCUCGUUUGCAACUCGAACAGUAGUAAUCUCUGUGUACAACUCCCAUAUUGUCUAGUGGUUAGGAUA